AUGCGGGCCCUCUUCAGUAACAUGCGCGGUUUCGGCCAGGAUGGCCGGCGCCAUCAACUCAUCGAGUACAUUCGCGAUGAGCGUAUUGAUAUUGUUGUCGUCCAGGAGACAAUGUGGAUGGACUUCUCCCUGCAAGAGUUGGAGCAACUGAGUGCGCACCUCUUUGGUUGGCACUGGCUCCCUUCUAGUGGGACCUCUGGCCACUCCGGUGGCAUCCUUCUAGGUGUGAAGGAUGCCACCUUUGAUAUAGGUAGCAUGGACCGGAGUGAGUCCUAUGUUACUAUGGAGAUCUAUGAAUAUGCCAUCAACUUCAAGUGGGAGAUUGUGGUCGUCUAUGGCCCGGUUGACCAUCGCCGCCCCGCGGCCUUCCGUGAGGAGCUUCACAGUAAGAUCUCCUCUGCCACUCUCUCAGUGGUGGCGGGCGAUGACUUCAACCUCAUCCGCUGUGUUGAGGACAAGAGUAAUUGUCGGGUGAACUUCCCACGCAUGCAGCUCUUCCAUGACCGCAUCUUAGACCUCGUCCUGCGGGAACUCGAUCGGCGAGUCUCCGACUCGAAGAACGCGGUGCUAACGGAUCCAUUCUCUCAAGACGAGGUCUGGGCGGCCAUCAAGGGUAUGAACCCCGCUUUCGCUCCUGGACCGGAUGGCCUCCUGGUGAAGUUCUUCCAGGCCUUCUGGGAUGUGAUCAAGCUGGAGGUGAUGGCUCUGUUCGAUGAAUUCUACGUGGGUUCCGUUGACCUCUCUUGUCUCAAGGCAGGAAUCCGGGAUAACUUAUGUGGAUAUUACGACAGGACAGCCAUGGUCUCCCCUGUGAUCUGGUGCGCCCUGUUAUGCAGCUUGUACUCGGUCGCACUUGGAGGCAACGAGCACAACUUCGUAGUGGUGCCAGCCAGCUCCUUCGAGGCCGAAGCAGUAUGCUCCACCUCAGUCAGUUUUGAGCUGCCGAACCGAGCGUCCGUGCCCCUGGCGCACCGGCACGGCCCGUGCGCGCCCUCGGGUGCCAGCGGCAAGCCGUCUCUUGCCGAGAGGCUCCGCAGAGACCGCGCACGCGCCGACUACAUCACAGGCAAGGCCUCAGCGCGCAGGAAAACGUUGUCAGAAGGAGACGCCAGCGUCCCGACGUUCCUCGGCGAUUCGGUCGACUCACUGGAGUACGUGGUCACCCUGGGCAUCGGCACGCCACCCGUGCAGCAGACUGUGCUCAUCGACACCGGCAGCGACCUGUCGUGGGUGCAGUGCGCGCCCUGCAACUCCACGCAGUGCUACCCGCAGAAGGACCCCCUGUUCGACCCCAGCAAGUCGUCCACGUUCGCGCCCAUCGCCUGCGCCACCGACGCGUGCAAGGCGCUCUCAGCCGACGACUACGACAACGGCUGCACCAACGGCACGGACGGCUCCUCCCUGUGCGGGUACGCCAUCGAGUACGGCAACCACGCGGUCACCACGGGGGUGUACAGCACAGAGACGCUCACGCUCAAUGCCGGCGUCUCCGUCGGCAACUUCAGCUUCGGCUGCGGCAGCAACCAGCACGGGCCCUACGACAAGUUCGACGGCCUCCUCGGCCUCGGCGGCGCGCCGGAGUCGCUCGUGUCACAGACGUCGUCCGUCUACGGCGGCGCCUUCUCCUACUGCCUUCCGCCGGCCAGCGGCAGCGCCGGGUUCCUCACGCUCGGCGCGCCGGCCAACAACACGGCCGGCUUCCUGUUCACGCCGAUGAGCCGCCUAGCCCCGGAGCUCGCGACGUUCUACGUCGUCACGCUCACCGGCAUAAGCGUCGGCGGGAACGCGCUGGACAUCCCGCCGGCGGUGUUCUCCAAUGGCAUGAUCAUCGACUCCGGCACGGUCAUCACGGGGCUCCCGAAGACGGCCUACGAGGCGCUGAGGUCGGCGUUCCAGAGCGCCAUGUCCCAGUACCCGCUCCUGCCGCCGUCGGAGAACAGCCUCGACACGUGCUACAACUUCACCGGCCACAGCAGCAUCACCGUGCCCAAGGUGGCCCUCACGUUCAGCGGCGGCACCACCAUCGACCUCAGCGUGCCGUCGGGGGUUCUGGUGGAAGGAUGCCUCGCCUUCGUCGGAGCAAGGUCCGACGACAGCACCGGGAUCAUCGGCAACGUGAACCAGCGCACGUUCGAGGUCUUGUACGAUUCUGGCCGCGGGAACGUCGGGUUCAGGGCUGGUGCAUGUUGA